AUGCCUCGAGAUCCGCUCAUCGGUCUGGUUGGCAAGCCGUCGGCCGGCAAGAGCACCACGCUCAACAGUCUCACAGACGCCUCGUCAAAAGUUGAAUGCGCCUGCGCGCGCCACGGCGUCUCGGACCGCUGCCGACCCAACUACGGCGCCUGCAUCGACGGCCGCCGCUCCGUGCCCAUCGAGCUCCUCGACGUCGCCGGCCUCGUGCCGGGAGCGCAUCAGGGCAAGGGCCUAGGCAAUAAGUUCCUCGACGACCUGCGACACGCCGACGCGCUGAUACACGUGGUGGACGCCUCGGGCACCGUCGACGCCGAGGGCAAAGAGACGCGCGGCUACGACCCGUCGGUCGACAUCGCCUGGCUGCGCGGCGAGAUCGUGGCCUGGAUCCGCGGGAAUCUGAUGGAGAAGUGGGGAUCGAUCCGGCGGCGGCACAUGGCGAUCAAGGCGACGGCCGUCGAGACGCUGCAGGGCCAGUUCUCGGGAUACGGAAGUACCUCCAAUGUCGUCGCGCGGGCGCUGGACCGGUUGGGCAUCAAGGAGCCGCUCGAGGAUUGGGACGCCGAGACGAUUGACCGCGUCGUCAACGCCUUUACCGACGAAAAGUUCCCGACCGUCAUUGCGCUCAACAAGAUUGACCACCCGGACGCCGACAAGAACAUUGCCAAGAUUGCAAAGAUGCAGGACCCCAACACGAUCGUGCUGUGCUCCGCCAUUUCGGAGAUUUUCCUGCGCAAGAUGGCCAAGCAAGGGUACAUCAAGUACACGGAAGGCAGCGAGUUCGUCGACACGCGGGAGGACCUGAUCGAGCAGGGGGACCCGACGGGUGGCGGACUCAAGGAGCUGGACGAGAAGAACCGCAACCGGAUAGAGAACCUCAAGGACAUGGUGCUCUACCGCUUCGGGUCGACGGGCGUGGUGCAGGUGCUCUCCAAGGCGGCCGAGAUCCUGGGCCUCGUCCCGGUGUUCCCGGUGCGCAACACCACCUCCUUCACCUCCGGCGCUGCCGAGUCCAAAUUUGUCUUCCGGGACUGCGUGCUGGUCAAGAAGGGCACCACGGUCGGCGAGGCGGCGCGCAAGGUCAUGGGCGACGCGCCCAUUGCGUAUAUCGAGGGCGCCGGCGGCCAGAGGGUCGCGGAAGACCACCUCGUCACGGUUGGGAAGAACGAUAUCUUGUCGUUCAAGGUUGGAAGAGCUUGA